CCUUGCAAGCUUUUGGGCUCGCACAGUUCGUCAGGAAAAGAAGAAAUCAAAGAUGGCAAGAGCUCUCACAGGUAGAGAAGAAGCUUCAUCUGGCAAAGGAGAAAUCAGAGAUUACGAAAAUUUGACGUAGCAGUCAAGGAUCCUUCAAACCAAAAAUGUGGAAGAAAGAAAACUGUGUCCUUCAGCAGCAUGCCAUCAGAGAAGAAGAUAAGCAGUGCUAGUGACUGUAUCAGCUUUAUGCAGGCUGGCUGUGAACUGAAGAAAGUUCGUCCAAAUUCCCGGAUUUAUAAUCGUUUUUUCACUUUAGACCCUGACUUGCAAGCUCUUCGGUGGGAACCUUCCAAGAAAGAUCUUGACAAAGCUAAGCUUGAUAUCUCUGCUAUAAAAGAGAUCAGACCAGGGAAAAACACUGAAACGUUCAGGAACAAUGGACUUGCAGACCAGAUUUCUGAGGACUGUGCUCUCUCUAUAAUUCAUGGGGAGAACUAUGAAUCUCUAGACCUGGUUGCCAAUUCAGCUGAUGUGGCCAAUAUUUGGGUGUCAGGUUUGCGUUACUUGGUUUCACGUAGCAAACAACCUCUGGAUUUGAUGGAAAGCAGCCAUAAUACCCCUCGGUUUGUGUGGUUAAAAACUGUAUUUGAUACUGCAGAUGUUGAUGGCAAUGGUAUAAUGUUGGAAGAUACAUCUGUAGAGUUAAUAAAACAGCUUAAUCCCACUCUAAAGGAAUCAAAGAUCCGGUUAAAAUUUAAGGAAAUCCAGAGAAGUAAAGAAAAACUCACAACUCGAGUAACUAAAGAGGAAUUUUGUGAAGCAUUCAGUGAACUUUGCACAAGACCUGAGGUGUAUUUCUUACUAGUGCAGAUAUCAAAAAACAAGGAAUAUUUAGAUGCCAAUGACCUCAUGCUGUUUUUAGAAGCUGAGCAAGGAGUAACACAUAUCACAGAAGAAAUGUGUCUAGAUAUUAUCCGCAGAUAUGAGCUUUCUCAGGAAGGACGGUUGAAAGGAUUUCUUGCUAUUGAUGGAUUUACUCAGUAUUUGUUAUCCCCAGAAUGUGACAUUUUUGACCCUGAACACAAAAAAGUUGUCCAAGACAUGACCCAGCCUUUAUCACAUUACUAUAUCAAUGCAUCUCACAAUACAUAUCUAAUAGAAGACCAGCUCAGAGGACCUGCUGAUAUUAAUGGUUAUGUUAGGGCUUUAAAGAUGAGCUGUAGAAGUAUUGAACUUGAUGUUUGUGAUGGUCCAGAUAAUGAGCCCAUCAUCUGUAAUCAUAAUAACAUGACAUCACCACUUGCCUUUCGAAGUGUUAUUGAAGUAAUAAACAAACUAGCUUUCAUUUCUUCAGAAUACCCUCUCAUUCUCUGCUUGGGUAAUCACUGUUCAGUACAACAACAGAAGGUAAUGGUUCAACACAUGAAGAGGAUAUUUGGAAACAAAUUGUACACAGAAGCACCUUCACCAUCAGAAACCUACCUCCCAUCACCAGAGAAACUGAAAAUGAAGAUCAUUGUGAAAGGGAAGAAGCUUCCCCCUGAUGAGGAUAUAUUAGAAGGAGAAGUAACUGAUGAAGAUGAAGAGGCUGAAAUAUCUCGAAGGAUGUCUGAAGACUACAGUAGUGCACCAAGGUUGAUCUGGCUCUGCAGGGAACUCUCUGAUUUGGUAUCCUUGUGCAAAUCUGUCCGGUACAAAGAUUUUGAGACAUCUAUGAAAAGUCAAAAUUAUUGGGAAAUCUGCUCUUUUAGCGAGGCAGAAGCCAACAGAGUUGCAAAUGAGUAUCCAGAAGACUUUGUCAAUUACAACAAAAAGCUUUUAUCGAGGGUAUAUCCAAGUGCUAUGAGGAUAGAUUCCAGUAACUUAAAUCCUCAGGAUUUUUGGAAUUGUGGUUGCCAGAUUGUGACAAUGAACUACCAGACACCAGGACCCAUGAUGGAUCUACAUACUGGCUGGUUUCUCCAGAAUGGAGGAUGUGGAUAUGUCCUUAGACCUUCUGUUAUGCGUGAUGAAGUGUCUUAUUUCAGUGCAAAUACAAAGGGCAUUCUUCCAGGGGUCUCUCCCCAAGUUCUACACGUGAAAAUUAUCAGUGGACAGAACUUUCCAAAACCCAAGGGAGCUUGUGCAAAAGGGGAUGUCAUAGACCCAUAUGUUUGCAUAGAAAUACAUGGAAUUCCGGCAGACUGUACUGAACAAAGAACUAAAACUGUUCAGCAAAACAGUGAUAAUCCUAUUUUUGAUGAAAGUUUUGAGUUCCAAAUAAAUCUGCCAGAACUCGCUAUGAUCCGUUUUGUUGUUUUGGACGAUGACUAUAUUGGUGAUGAGUUUAUAGGUCAGUAUACUAUACCACUUGAAUGUUUACAGCCAGGAUAUCGGCAUAUACCCUUGCGCUCUUUUGUUGGAGAUAUCAUGGAACAUGUUACACUUUUUGUUCACAUUGCAAUAACUAAUCGAAGCGGAGGAGGAAAGGCACAAAAGCGUAGCCUGUCCGUGAGAAUAGGAAAAAAAGCAAGAGAGUAUACCAUGCUGAGGAACACAGGCCUUAAGACUAUUGAUGACAUCUUUAAACUAGCAGUGCAUCCAUUACGAGAAGCGACUGACAUGAGGGAAAAUAUGCAGAAUUCCAUAGUGUCUAUUAAAGAGCUUUGUGGACUCCCUCCGAUUGCCAGUCUGAAGCAGUGCAUCCUAACUUUGUCCUCACGGCUUAUAAACAGUGACAACACACCGUCCGUCACUCUCUGUAUGAAAGAUACGUUUCCUUACUUGGAACCUCUGGGCACCACGCCUGAUGUACAGAAAAAAGUUCUAGCUGCAUAUGAUCUGAUGAUUCAAGAGAGCAGGUUUCUUAUCGAAACAGCAGACACCAUUCAUGACAAGAUUGUUCAGUGUCAGAAAGCAGGAAUGGAAUUACAUGAAGAACUUCAUAACCUUGGGGCAAAGGAAGGUCUGAAAGGAAGAAAACUAAGCAAAGCCAUUGAAAGUUUUGCAUGGAAUAUAACGGUGCUAAAGGUAAGCAGAAAAGGUACUCCCUUCUCAGCAAUAAUAAUUGGAUUUCUACAUUUGUUUGCAUUUCUAUCUAGUUGGAAACGGUUGCAAAUAUAAUGAUAGACGUGUGCUAAGAGAAACUAUAUCAGGAUGACAAAAAAGAAACAAUUAUAU